ACGGCCGAGUGGCGCAGAAAAGCCAGAGCCGGAAGACCAGCAGCAUGAAUGGGAACCCGGUCUCGCUGCAGUGGAAGUACCCGCCGGACCUCAUCUUCAACGAAGAGAGCCUGCUCGACAUCAUCCUCACGCUGCGCAUGAAGAUUGAGAUCCUCGAGAAGAACGAGAUGGGCAACGGCGAAAUUCCCGCGUGGCUCAGCGACGCCAUGCAAAACAUCGCCAACAACUCCGAGGCAAUGGUCGAGUGCCAGAACCUCAAGGACCAGUUCAAGUACAUCAAGCAAGGCAUCGACGGGAUCCAGAAGGACAUUGUGAUCCUGCGGCGGGAUGUCGCCGCCAAGACCGUCGCCAAGUCACGCCGCUCGAGCAAGGCCGAGGACGACGAACUUGCGGGCGCAGCAGCGACGUCCAAGCCCGCGCUUGAUGCAAGCAUGCGCCGCCGGCCGAGCAUACUGCAAGACCGAGCGCCACCGCGCCGCGAGGCCCUCGUCGCCCCCGACGUCGCCGCGAUCCAGGAAGACACGUCACCAGCAUCGUCCACGCCGACGGCGGACAAUGCUAUCCAUGGCAUCGCAUCGCUUUCGUCGUCGUCGCCGCCGGUGGCCGCGAGUGCCUACUCGCAAGAUACGAUGGACGCGAUUCUCGAGCCAAUCAUCGUGAGCUUGGAGCAGCUGCGGGCGGAGGGCGCGAUCGUGCGCGAGAACUCGCAAGAGGCCAAGAGCAGCGUGAUGCGGCUCCAAGCCGAGAUGAAGCGCCGUGACGCGCUCAUCCAAGCGCGCAACUCCAAGCACGAAGGCAACGUCAAGAUCCUCAUGGACAAGCUCACGCACGACCUCCGCGCGUGCGUGACGCAGAAUGAACUCAUUGGGUUUGAGCAAAAGUCGCUCAUCUUGCUCAAACAAGAGAGCCACAAGCUCUCAGACGAGUUUAGCGGCCUCUUUAGCCGGACGCAAGAAGAAAUCCACAUGGUGCGCAGCAUGCAAGAAGACAUCAACUCGAGCCAAGCCGAGUCCCUCCAGAAGACCCAAAACCGCGUCGAAAUCAUGUGCGACAAGAUCGAAGAGAUCCUCAAGACGCAGGACAAAUUUGCAAAGAUGCUCGACGAGCUCCGGCGCAACUCGCAGGCCGAGCACCAGCACAUUCAAACCAUCAUUACGCAGCAAGGCGUCAUGAAGGAGAAGCUCCAAGCGCUCGGGGACAAGCAGGGCAAAGCCGAACAGUUCACGUCCGACCUCGCCCAAGCGUUUGAAGACGCAGCUCAAAACAAGCAAAAGUCCGAGGACCAGAUCAAAGAAAUCAUUGAACAGCGCGCCGAGGCCUUGCACAACGAGAUCAAGCGGCUUGACGACAUCUUUGUCGCGUGCUCGGUCGAGACGCUCUCGGUGGACGUCAAGCGACACGCCGACCGCAUCGAUGUCGUCGAACACGCGGCCAUGGACAACAAGAAGAAGAUUUCCGACCUCACGCAGCACGUGAGCGACACGGAGAUCAUCUACAAUACGAAUUUCACCACGAUUUACGAAGGCAUUGAGCGCGUGACCCGCGAAGCCGCCGAAAAUUUGAAGAAGGACGCGACGCGGCUCGGCGCCAAGAUCAAGGAAGGCCAAGACGCCCACGCGAGCUUGAUCAAGACGGUCGUUGACAACAAGAUGGACACGGAGAAGAACUUUGCCGCGAUGCGCACCAAGGUCGAGAACCACCAGUUGGAGACCGAGGGCAUGAAAGUGCACACGGAGGCUGCGCUCUCGGCCAUCAAGGAGAAGCUCUCGUACCUCGAGCAAGGCAAUCUUUCGUUUCGCACCGAGUACGACGCGGCGCAGACCGACAUCCAGCAGACCUUUGCGCAAAUCGCGACCGAGGCGAGCAGCACCCAAGUGAUUCUCGACUCGAUGCACACGACGUUCGAGACCUUUGCGGGCAAGCAAGACUACUUUAACGAGCAGAUCAACGCCAUGCAAGUCGAGUACCGGACCGAGAUUGGCGCGACGGCCGCGCGCUUGAACGACGCAGUCAUCAAGGAGGGCGAGCGCACCGAAGCCUUGUAUGCAGCGUUCAACGAGAAGCAAACCAAGUUUGCUGAGAUGGUCGCCAAGGCCAGCACGCGCAACAUGACGAUCGCGACGCUCAACAAGGAGCUCGACGCGCUCUGUGACGCGUUCGUCGCCGAGUGCUGGAAGUUUGAGAUCUCCGCGCGCCAAGAAGGCAAGGUGGCCGCAACCUCGAGCCGCGCCGACAACAACGGCACCAAUCGCAAGCAGUUUUCCGAACGGCAGCAGAACUUCCUCGUCAAGAACGCGCAGUUCUUUGCCGACCUCGUGUGCGCCAAGGCCGAGUACGAAGUGCUCAAAGUUGCAAGCAACAAAGAGAUCCGCGGCCAAGCCGAACUCGAUGCCAAGAUGGUCCGGCUCCAGCUCGACAUUGUCGAGAAGCUCAAUACGCGCAUGCUGGCCAAAGUGUCCAACAACAAGAACACGGGCGAGCAGUUUGAUAAAGGCUCGAUCGACCGCCGUGAAGUCUUUAUGCAGACGCUGGCCAAUAUGCUGGAUGGCGCCAUCAGCCGACGGACGCUCAGCGGCGGUGGCGUCGCCCCCGAAGACGGCCAUCAGCCCCAGGGCGACGGUCAUUUUCUCGAGACCAUUCGGCUCCAAGGCCAAGUGCGACCGUCGUCGACGGCGGGCGGGCGACCCACGACCGCGCUCGAGAGUCCGAGUACGCACAGCAAGCGGCGUGACACGGGCGCGUCGACGGGCUUUGGUGUCCGCGCCGAGAGCCCGGUCCUCGACGCCGACGCGCGGCGCAUCAUUCAAUCGCCGCAUUCCAACGCGCCAUACGUCUACCGCGGUGGCUUCCGCAUCCCGAACCGCCACUCGACCAUCAACAUCAUGUCGGACGCCUUCCGGGACAUGCACCACGACGAGGGCGCCGCGAUUGACGACUUUGUCACGGAAGACGCGGGGGUCCACGGACAGACCGAGACGCCGCUCGCGUCCUCGUCCGUGUCCUUGCCAGCUCUGUAGAGGUUGCACCAGAUGGCGUCGCAUCGUCGUGUUGCCGAGUUAGAUAACGCAGCUCAUAGUGUCCUUCUUGC